UUUAUUUUGUUGUUGUACUAAUUGCGUUUAUCAGCAUCUGUAGUAGAAUUCCGAGAUUUACUUUGAAAAUAUUUUGUAUUAUUUAACAAAAUUAUCGGUGAUAAACGAAAACUUACAUAGACAAAUUCAGGAGCUUGAGAAUAGUACGUCAAAAAGAUGGAUAUAAGCGACAGCUUUGAUCAUCAACAGCAACAACCGCAACAAUCUGAUAAUCUACAACAGCAACAUCAACAGCUACAAAUGCAAUGUGAACCUACUUUUCAAGCACAAAUGAUCAAUCCUGCAGCUACGCCCAUGCCGGUGCCAUUUGCUGCACCAGCUACAAAUGGAUUUGAACCAACAACGAUAAAUCCAUCAUCUUCGCCUCCUUUCUUGUCUUCUGGUCAAGCCAUUCCUUUACCACCACCACCGCAAAUGAAAUCACCUCUAAUACCCCAACUGCAACAACAACCGCAAGAUUUAGAACAACAACACUAUUUAUUACAGCAACAGCAACGUUUAGGUAAUGAAGUCGAUAUUGACUCAUUACUACUCCAACAAUUUAGCUGUUUAGGUACAACUGAUCAUGAGGAUUUGGUUAGACAAUUCCAAAGCCUUAUGAAUAAUCAAGUAGAUCAAGAAGCGGCAAAAUUCUAUUUGGAAAUGAGCAAUUGGAAUUUGCAGACAGCUGUCGGUUGCUAUUUGGACAUUCAUACUUUUCAAACGCUGCCUUCGAUGAAAAUACUUAAUCAGUCUCGACCAAGUGAACAUCAACAAGCGUUUAGACUACAAAACGAUGGUACCAUCGACUGGCCAAACGGAUGCUACUUAACAGCACCUAGUCAAAAGCGGCGCAUUGAAGUGCCAGCUUUAAAGCCAGGAGAAACUUGUGAUAUUUUAGCUGAUAUUCCUCCAACUCAACCGGCGAUUAUGUGGAGACUAUGCACACCCAAUGGUUGGAAUGUAGGAGAGCCCAUUUGGAUGGUUCCGCCAGGCAUGGCAGAUUCGCAGGCUGAGCUUAGUGACCGCAUGUCACAGUUAUUGAUGUCGACAGAUGCGUCCAAUAGUGAAAGUUGUCCACAAGUUAAUGUUGUGAUAUCAGUAAAUAUGGAAUGAAAAGGCGUAUAUUGAGCGAAUGCAGCGUGCGGGAGAGUGUUUAUUUAAAUAAUAUCUAUACAAUUUGUUUGUUUUACAUUUUUAAACGAUGUUCUUUGUAAUGAUCGUUAAGUUUUGCUUUUUUCCCCCCCAUUCUUAUACAUAUACAUACAUAUAAAUGCGUA